AUGCACCCCAAGUUGCGCCGCCAGGACCAGUUUGUGGUUCGUGAUCAUGGCACCAGCAGGAGAGGACGACUCUUGCGGGAUGGAUCAAAGGAACCGUCUGGGGAAGGCAAAUUUAUGAGAGAAAAAUAUCCAUCGGCAUUAUUGCAGCGUCCGCUUGUGGUCGACCACUACAAGAUAAAUGAUAUUGGUGACGAUUCCGUUCGUUUACCUCCUCGCCUUCCAAUUAACCAAAGAGGGGAAGCUAGCAAGGACCCACGGUUUACAUCAUCCUUUAGCACCUUGGAUCAUGAUCAGAAGGUGAAAGAAGUGGAACGGUUUGCCCAAGAAGUGAAAUGGUUUAUUGGGAAAGUUUCCAAGGAAGCGGUUUUCGCAUCCGACAUAUACCCGCUUCACGACGCCAUGAACCGAAUUUUCAUUGUGCUCCAAGACGACCCUCAGUAUCAGUUUGAUAGACUCUCAUCAAGUGAUCGAAAGCUUCUGUUUGAUUGUUGUGUGGAAUCGUUCAUGAUACAGCAACAGAAAUACGUGGAGCACGCAUAUAUGCAUUCUACAUAG